GACACUUCCUAUAGGUUAUAUCAUUCUGCAAUUGCAGAGAGAUUUAUUUUUAUAUUUCAUUUCAUUUCAUCUCAUCUUCUUCAUACACAAAUACAAAUAUUAUAGCCAUGCUGGGCAAGAGAACUCAUCCAAUGAUGGGAAGAUUAUCGGAAUUAUUGGUUUCCGGCAACCGUGCAGGAUUCUUGGAAAUUGGUACUACCCCAAGUCCAAGAAGCCCAUUAGAGUAUAAAAUUCAAUCACCAAGAGGGUUAAAGAACUAUUACGAUAUUGGUGGAGUUGGAUUAGGAAUUGUUGCUGCUCUUGAGAAGUCUACUUGCGAUGGAGGACAUGAAAUAUUAGCAAAGUAUGCAAUUUGCAGUGCAAAUAUGAACAUGAACAGGUCAGAUCCUAUACCAGUCAAUUCUGGUAAGAAAUGUGAGAGAUAUUCUUAUUGUAAAGAAAGAGAAAGGGAUCAGAGUUUGGAGAAUUUUACGUAUGUAACCAGCCAUGGACCAGAUAAUAAGUCCUUGACAAAAUUGUAUUAUGAUGAUCAUGGAAAUCAUAGAAUUGGGUUUCAUGUUAUUAAGGAAGCGCUGCCAUUGCCGCCACCGCCGGCGGCUAAAUUUUCCGAUGGCGAUGUUUCCAGCUUGUAUCCAACCUCAGAUUUUCUUAGUUCAUGCCACUUGUGCAAGAAAAAGCUCCAUGGGAGAGAUAUAUAUAUGUACAGAGGAGAGAAAGCAUUCUGUAGCGUAGAAUGCCGGUCGAGGCAGAUGAUGAUAGAUGAGAGGAAAGAACAGUGCAGAUCAGAAAUUGCAAGAUCUGCAGAUGUUUCAAGCUCACCAUACACAACAAGUCCUAUCUUCUCUACUGGAAUUCUUGCCAUUUAGCGUUAGAAAACCAUAUAACUACGGUUAAAACUCUAUUAUAUAUAGCAAUAACAUCUAUUAUAUACAUGACAACUUAUCUUCUCAAUAUUCAGAAAAAAAAGAAAGAAACAAUUUUUGUUCGGGAAUUAGGAUUGCAGGGAAAAUUAUGAAUAUGAAAAUGGAUUUUUACCUUUUUUUUUAAAAAAAAAAAAAUGUAAUUAUUAUAUUGAGAAAAUAAUUGUAAUUGCGGUAUAUGAUUAAGUACUGGUCAGAAUUUUACAAUUAUGAUAUUAUGAAGGAUGAUUUAUCGUUUUGUAACAA